AUGUCUCUUGGACCAGGCGUGGACGCUCACGUUCGCCACGAGUGCGGCGAAGCAGUGCUGCACGCUUGCUUCCUCAUCAACGAAGGCGCCCUCGUCACAGCCACAGCAGAUGACCAGAUCCAUUUGUGGACCUUCCGACAGAAGUGGCCCCAGAGACUGCACUCACUCAAGUUCCAGAGAGAAAGGAUCACUUGCCUACACCUGCCCCUGGCUUCCAAGUGGAUCCACGUGGGCACGGAGCGAGGCAACGUGCACGUGGUCAACAUUGAGACCUUCACGCUCUCCGGCUACGUCAUCAACUGGAACAAAGCAAUCGAAGUAACGAGGCCAAACCACCCCGGCGCGGUCGUAGAAAUUAGUGACAAUCCCCUGGAUUCCAGCAAGUUGCUAAUAGCUUUCGAGUCGGGCCUGGUGGUCGUGUGGGACCUGCGGGCGCGCGCGGCCGAGUGGCGGGGCUCGCUGGGGACGGGCGCUCCAGGCGAAGGAGUGCGCGCCGCCGCCUGGCAGCACGACGGGAAGCUCAUGACCGCGCACAUGGACGGCGGGCUCGCCACCUGGAGCACGAGGGCACCGAGACCUACCUCACUCUCAUACCCACAUGCAAAGGCCAACAAAGAAGGCAAGCUGGAACCCUGUAAACCAAUACUUAGACUAGAGUGGAAAACAUCAAGAACUGGCGAAAGUCUGGUGAUAUUCAGUGGUGGCCUGCCGACGGACAAGGCGGGCCGGACACACAGCAUCACUGUGCUCAACGGCAAGAGCACCACGGUGCUAGAGAUGGAGCACAGUGUGGUGGACUUUGUCACGCUCUGUGAGACGCCACACACUGCUGACUACCAAGAACCAUACGCUAUCGUAGUGCUGCUGCAGAACGACCUGGUGGUAAUAGAUCUGCAGUCGCCAGGAUACCCGUGCUUCGAGAACCCUUACCCCAUGGACAUACACGAAUCACCAGUCACGUGCUGCUCUUACUUCGCGGACUGUCCUUCAGACUUGAUUCCAGCGUUUUACUCGGUGGGUCGUCAAGGUAACAAAAAGAUAGCAGGCUUCAGCGACAGGUUGUGGCCAAUUAACGGUGGUGAGUGGGAGCCCGCAUCCUGCUCCUACAACGAAAUUAUUUUAACUGGACAUGCAGACGGUAGUGUAAAAUUUUGGGAUGCAAGUGCAGGAACUUUACAAAUUUUGUACAAAUUAAAAUGUUCUAAAGUGUUCGAACGUCGUGCGGGAGGUUCCUGUUACGAUGAAGACAGUCCACUGGCGAUUCAGCAAGUGGCGCUAUGUGCAGAGUCUCGGCGCCUGAGUGUGGCGCUGCCACAUGGACACGUCGUUCUGUUCAAGUUCCGGAAAAGUGAGACACACGGCGAGACACAGGUUAUAGAAAUCCCGAUGAUAACAGACUCGUUAGAAGAAGAGGGAUCUCCUGAAGCAGAAGGUGGACGAUCCAUGUCGUUUAGUCGUGCCGGCGACGCCGGAGAGGCGGAAAGCAGAAGGUCUGGAGUCUGGUCCGGUUGUGGGACUGGGAGUGGGGUUUCAUUACGAGUUCGUGGAGCAGACGGGACGGGGGGAGUUAGGAGAGCGGCAGGGUUCCAGCCUGCGCUGGUCGCGUUACAGCAAGGAGCACCGCAUCCCAUUACCACGCUUACAAUCAACUCCUCGUACGGCCUAAUGGCAUGGGGAGGAGAACGAGGCGUGGUAGUGGUAGACAUUUCUCGAAGAGUUCUGGUAGCGGCCUUGGCGGCGAGCUCUCUGUACCACCCGCCGGACACGUGGCCCCACGCCAAGCACCAACGCCACAACGACCGGCAGCGUUCGCCCAGCCUCGACCAGCUGGAGGAGACGGCCCACACCCGAGGCCCUUCGCCGACCAGCCCCGCCGAGCCGGCCGCGCCCGACGAGCCCGCGCCGCCAGACGAUCGGACCAAACCUGACGCCAGACGGAAGUCUACUUCCUGGAAGACGUUCAAUCUCAAGCGGCAGCUCUCCAAGGUCGAUCUCAAAUUCAAGGCGGCCUUUGCGGCCCCCUCUGAAAACAACCUCGAGGAGGUGGCGCCCGAAAGAGGGAAUUCUCAAUUUUACUGCGAGGCACCCGAGCGAACCGAACCAACCGCAGAGCCCGGUACCGACUCACCGGACAGCGACGAGACCAAGGUCGAGGGUGAGGAGGAAUCCGACACGGGGGGCGAGCGCAGUCAAGGGGCAUCGCCGCUCAGGGUUUGCUCUGACGUGUUCGAAAGAAUGCACCGGGAGUUACAGGAGAAACGCGGCAGCGACGUAUACGACCGCAUGCACCGCGAACUGCAGGAGCGCUGGCACGCGCAGGAGGCGGGCGAGGGUGGAGGCGCGGGGGAGGGCGGGGCUCCGGCGCGGCCUGACUCGCUGCCGCUGGAGGCGCCCACGCGGCCGCCCAGGACCCGGGGCGGGGCCGGGAGCGGGGGCGCCGUGGGGCCCGCUGGCAAGCGCGAGGAGCGGCUGCUGUCGGUGCCGAACAUCAAGUACCGGGCCGAGGCCCGGCGGCGCGGCGGCGCGGCGCCGGCGGGCUCGCUGGCGGGCUCUCUGAUGCGGCGCUUCAGUAAGUAUUUGUCACGCGCGCCACUCAUUUCACGCUCAUGA